AAUCUACACUUACGCUGUGUAAGAUACAUAGCUGUUAAUCCCGUCUACAAGUAGGAGAACUGUAUAUAUAUAUCCAGAAGAACAAUAUUUACUGGAAGUAUUAAAUUCACUGUCGGUAAAUAGAAGAAACUAUAAAAACGGGUCACCCUUGAAAAUACGAAAUGGUUGAAUUCACUGAUACGGACGCACGGGGAACUUGUAACAGGCGUGUUUAUAACUGACCCAGAAUGAUUUCAGCACAAGACUGCUAUGACAAUCUUCCUAUAGUUUUAGAUAUGUGGACAUAACGUUCUGGAUUAAUUCUUAAAAUGGCAAUCGUGACCUGGAAUAGUGUGGUAGUGAUAAUAAUGUGUGUGUUUCAAAAUGUUCCCGGAUUACUUAGCAAGGAAGUGAUCAAGUUGGGUUAUAUAACAGGCUCAGAGAGGUACAACAUCAACCAGUUUUACCAUCGUCCCGGACAGUCCAUAUCCGGGGCGAUAACUCUAGCCGUGAAGGAAGUCAACGAAGACCCCCACAUCCUUCCGAACCACACUUUGGAGUUUGUGAUCGCGGAAACUUAUGGAAUGGAAUUGAUUAGCAUCAAACAAACUGUGGAACUCCUAAGUAAGGAUAUAUGGGCCUACAUUGGGCCCCAGGAGACGUGUAUUCACGAGGGACGAGUGGCAGCCGCGUUCAACCUUCCAAUGAUUUCAUACUAUUGUUCAGAAUCCGAGGUCAGUGCCAAGACGCUGUAUCCGACCUUCUGUAGCACCCGGCCCACGGCCUCUCACGUAUCACGCAGUGUGGUGUCGAUAUUACGUCAUCUGAACUGGAGGAAGGUGACCUUCGUACACUCCAGCGAGCCUGAGUUUGUCCACACCGCCAAAACAAUUAGCAAUCUACUUCCCCAGCACGACAUCGAAGUAACGUUUAUGAAGGAAUACAAGGGACCCUACUUCCAUCUACAUACGGAGAAUCCUUUUGUCCGGAUCGUGUCGGAGACGUUCGUCGACACUCGCAUUUACGUAAUGUUGGGUCAGUUCUACGAUUUCAUUGGUCUGAUGGAUCACCUUUAUGAUCGAGGCUUACUGGAAACCGGCGAUUACUACGUCGUAGGGGUCAUUCUAGGACAGUACGACCAAAACGACCCUCAGCGAAUCAUCAAAGGUAUUUUCUCCAGUAACGUGUCUUUGUCAAGUGUGAAGGCCUUCCGAUAUUUCAUGGGCGUGCUUCAAUCUCCUCCAGUUCACCAGGAAUACAUGGAGUUCUCCGAAAAGGUCAACCAUUACCUCGAGUUGCCACCAUUUAAUUACGUCAAUCCUCUGAAGAACUUUACCCUUAAAAUUAUUCCACCAGAAGCAGCGUUCCUGUAUGACGCGGUGUGGCUAUAUGCGCGUGCUGUCCAUGAGGUCCUAAGUGCCAGAGGCGAUCCGAAGGAUGGCGCAUUGGUGGCGUCAAAGCUCAAAUUUAAAACCUACAAAAGUGCAAUGGGUUACGAAAAUCGUAUCAACUCUAAUGGGGACGCCAUGGGCAAUUUCUCUCUUAUCGCCCGGAAGUCAGGUCUGGUAGACAACCAAACUGUUUGGCACCUUAGUCCUAUAGGUGUAUUCCAGCUCAACGAAAACUUCUCCGAACUUCCGGAAUUCCGGUUGUACGACGCGGAAUCAUUUGACUGGCCCUAUGGUAAGGUCCCUGUAGACGAACCAGCGUGCGGAUUUCGCCGGGAGAAAUGCAUCCGACCGAAAAGCUACACUACUGAGAUUCUGUUUGGCGUUGCGGGGGGUAUUCUACUCAUUGUCGUCAUCAUCAGUGUCCUCAUAUACAGGAAUUGGCGAUAUGAACAAGAUCUGGCAAGUCUGCUGUGGAAAAUUGAUUAUAAGGAUAUAUCGAUGCGGAAUCAAUUCGGCGGCACCAUGAACCAUUUGCUGUCGACGAACAGGAGAACGAUGGGAAGAGCUACAAGUCAAAUAUCGUUAGGUUCCCAGAACGAGAUUGAUUAUCGGCAACUUUUCACCAAGGUUGGCACGUACCGAGGAACAAUAGCCGCCAUUCGUAUCGUCAACAAGAAGAACGUAGAGCUAACACGCAAUGUCAGGAAAGAACUCAAAUUGAUGCGGGAAUUACGUCACGACAAUAUCAAUCCCUUCAUCGGAGCGUGUAUCGACUCUCCCCAUAUCCUGAUCGUAUCCGCCUACUGUCCGAGGGGAAGCCUCCAGGAUAUACUGGAGAAUGACGACCUACAGUUAGACAGUAUGUUUAUAGCGUCACUGGUAUUUGAUAUCGUUAGGGGAAUGAUCUACCUCCACGGCAGUGAGAUCCGGUACCACGGUAAACUGCGGUCAUCUAACUGUGUAGUGGACAGUCGGUGGGUGGUCAAGAUCACGGACUUCGGACUUAACGAAUUCAUGGCUGGAGCGGAAGAAAACUUCGAGGAAUACGCCUAUUACAGAAAUUUACUCUGGUUAGCUCCCGAAAUAUUACGCCGGAACAAAUUUCGGCGGAUAUCCGGCACGCAGGCUGGAGACGUUUACUCAUUUGCUGUGAUACUGUACGAAAUACAUAGCCGCCGAGGGCCGUACGGUAACACAACAUUAUCGCCUAAAGAAAUAAUUAAGCGUGUGGCCUCUACGACCAUUGACCCCCCGUUCCGUCCUCGACUUGCCGAGCUGGACACCACGCCAAAGUUUGUCACCGACGUGAUAAAAGAAUGUUGGGAUGAAGAUACUAUUAAACGGCCAGACUUCAAGGCCAUCAGAACUAAACUGAAACCGCUACAGAAAGGAAUGAAGCCCAACAUUUUCGAUAAUAUGAUCGCCAUCAUGGAAAAGUAUGCAAGUAACCUAGAGGCCGUGGUGGAGGAACGUACAGACCAACUAAUCGAGGAAAAGAAGAAGACGGAGGAACUGCUGCAGCAGAUGCUUCCGAGAUAUGUGGCGGAACAGCUGAAGCGGGGGAAAGAGGUGGAGGCUGAGUCGUUUGAUUCAGUAACGAUCUACUUCAGCGACAUAUGUGGGUUCACCGCAAUGUCAUCUGAAAGCACACCAAUGCAAGUGGUAAAUCUCCUUAAUGAUCUGUACACACUGUUCGACUCUAUCGUUGAGAACUACGACGUGUACAAAGUUGAAACGAUUGGGGACGCCUACAUGGUUGUGAGUGGUCUGCCUACCAGGAACGGUAUAAACCACGCGGGGGAGAUCGCCUCAAUGUCCCUGCAACUACUGGACUCCAUAAAAAAGUUCAAGAUCCGGCACCGUCAAGACGCCACCAUCCGCCUUCGUGUGGGGAUCCACUCUGGGUCGUGUGUGGCAGGCGUGGUGGGGCUAAAGAUGCCGCGAUACUGUCUGUUCGGGGACACAGUCAACACUGCUUCACGUAUGGAGUCAACGGGAGAAGCCUUGAAGAUUCAUUGUUCGAACACAACAAGAAUGCUGCUUGAGGAUUUGGGCGGUUACCACAUGACAGAACGCGGCAUGGUUGCCAUGAAGGGUAAAGGUGAUGUACUGACCUAUUGGCUCCUGGGCGAGGACAAGCGACACCGGGUAAAACGUUUAUCCACCAGUAACAGUCCAGUCAAGAGUCCGUCCCUUUCCGGAAAUAAUAACAGAGUGUAUGACGUUCAGUGCGUAUGUAGUAUUACAGACAGUGCCGAACCCUUGGGCGAUGGUCUAGUGGACGCCCAGUAUGUUAGACAAAAUGGCGACGCUGUGCCGUUGUACACAAAUUCAGGAGCUAGUAAACAAAAUUUCUUAAAAAUGUGGCCUCAAAAACAAAUAAAUAAGAUGUCUUCUCCAAAAUCAUGGAAACAGCUCCAUUUCUCUGAGAGUGAGAACGACGAUAGGGACCAAGAUUGUCUCAAUAGUCGUGUAUCCGUCGAAAUGUCACCUCUCAUCUCUUCCGCCCAGGGUACGAGUCGCUCUUCCGGUUACCCGUAUGAGGAAGUGUAGUAAAUGGUUCAUUUCAAUCAAAUGCUUUUUGAAGCUAAUUGUAUACUGUAAUUAUUUACGGUGUGGAAUAUGAACAAAAUAAUGUUUUACACUUUUGAAAAUGUUAGAUUUACCUGUGAUUGGUCAUCCAGGUACAAUGUAAGCUAUUUAUAAUAUGAAACUAUUGUUCUUCCUUCUAUUCUUGCAUUUUAAAUGUAAUCCGUAUAUUUUGACUGUUCUUCCUUCAACGCUUCCAAUUAAAUUGCGUAAUAACAUUUCAUACUUUCAUUUGCAUAAUAGUCUGUUGAUUGGCAUUGUACACAUUUAUAUAUUGUGUUAUUUGUUGAUUUUGUCAAACGUGCGAUGUAUUUGUGGCAAAACAAAGUGCGCUGUGUGCUGUGUUAGGUUAAUACAUAUUUGAAUACAGCAUAUUCCUUUUUACACCAGAUGCUGAGCUUUUAGUACAUGUUAAUCAAUUGUAGCUUACUUCAAUUGCUUAAUGACAUGAAAUAAAAAUAUGAAUCUUCGAUACUUUAAUUUUUUUUGCAAUUAAUUUAGAUUCAAACUUCAACAUAUAUGCUUUGUUAUACAUUGCAAAAAUCUCUAAAAGUUAGGAAAUAUACGAAAAUGUAUAUGUAUUGUGUAGGCCAUCAUUUUAAACACUCCCCUGCAUUCAUAUACAAAAUAAUAAUUACAUAUUUUGAAAUUGACCCAGAUGUAGUCUUUACGCCCUUGUAACUUUCCCAAAGAGUAACAUCAAAAUCUUUCAUUAUUUUAUGUUCAUUGUAAACCGUGUUUACUUUUAUGUUUUUUCCUAUGAUAGUUAUUAUUUUAUCACAUACCUGUUGAAUCUUGUUAUAGUAAUACAAGCAAUUUUCAGACCAUGAAA